CACAAAAAUUCACUUUCUUCGUCUGUUUCUUUUCUCUUUUCUCUUUGCAAUCAUUCUUUACUGUUCAUUACUGACUUUCUUUCUUUUUCUUUACUAUUCGCUGUUUGUUUUGUUUGAUAGAGAGACCUAAAGAGAGGAGAGCUGUUAAUGUUAUGUAUGUUAAUGUUAUGAGUUGUUGUUGUUCUUGAAGAAGGAUUGAUGGAGUGGGAUAAUAACAAUCAAGAAAAUCAGAAUCAAAGAGAAACUAGAAAUGGGAAUAUCAUAAACACUGGUAGCAGUGUUAAUGGGAAUGGGAAUGUAAAUGGAAACGGAAUGUUGUAUGUUAAAGUUAUGACAGAUGAGCAACUUGAAACUCUUAGGAAGCAAAUUGCUGUUUAUGCUACUAUUUGUGAACAGCUUGUUGAGAUGCAUAAAACCCUCUCUGCCCAGCAAGAUCUUGCAGGAGGUAGGUUGGGAAAUCUCUACUGUGAUCCAUUAAUGACUUCUGGUGGACAUAAAAUUACUGCAAGACAGCGGUGGACUCCAACACCAGUGCAGCUUCAAGUUCUGGAGCGCAUCUUUGAUCAGGGAAAUGGAACUCCAAGCAAACAAAAAAUUAAAGAGAUAACGUCUGAGCUCAGCCAGCAUGGACAAAUUUCUGAAACAAAUGUGUACAAUUGGUUCCAAAACAGGCGUGCACGAUCGAAAAGAAAACAAUUGGUUGCUUCAUCUAACACUGAAUCAGAAGUAGAAACAGAAGUCGACUCACUGAAUGAAAACAAAACAAAACCAGAAAUAUUUCACUCCCAACAGAACCAUCCACGGGCUGAAGAUCUAUGCUUCCAGAGCCCCGAGAUAAGCUCUGAACUGCAUUUCUUGGGUGUGUUACCAAAUCAAAGAGAUGGAGCUCCAGGAAGCUAUAAUCUUUAUGAUCAAGCAGAGGACUAUGGCAUGGCAGGUUGACAUCUAUUUUACCCUGCCUUCAUCUUGUUGAUGCUAAUUUGUUUGAUGAACCUAUAUCCUGACUAGAAGUCCUGGCUUCCCAAGAUGGUGUUCUCGAAAUGACGAGGAGAAACAAUGAUUGACUCUCUCUGAGAGAUUAUACCAUAUCCAGUGUAACAGAGUUGGUUAUAAUUUUGUUGAUGAUUGUAAGUUGGAGAACGGAUACACCUGUACUGCUAGUCUGCUUUAUGAUCUCAAUUGGUUUGUGUUUGAUA